UUACCCCCAAAAGUCAGCGCUGUCGUCUCUCUCUCUCUCUCUCUCUCUCUCUCUCUCUCAGUUCUAAUUGUGGGUUGAGGGUAUAGCAAGAAGGAGCAGAGAUCAGAAAUAUUGUGGGGGGAUUUCUAGGUGAUCAUUGGCUGCCGGUGGUAUAUAGUAAGUACUGUUGAUCAGUCUAUGGCCGAUGACUGGGAUCUACAUGCGGUGGUGCGGAGUUGCAAAUCCGCCGCCACCAAAAACAGCAUCGCCACCAACACCAACACCAACACCAGCAUCGCCGCCGCCUCAGAAGACCCUUUGGCUUGCCUGGCCUCUCUAACUUUUGAGGAGGAAAAUGACUUGUUAUCUUUUCCCCUUCUUGCAGAGCCCAGAACCAAUGCUUUCCAUGAAUUGCAAGAACUUUGCAAGUCCUUUUUCCCCACUACUACCACUAGUACUGCCACUACCACGACUAGCCAUCGUAUAAUUAGCCCUAAUUCCUCCUCCAUUUCAGAUGUACAGAGACGGCGACACCCAGUACAGCCCAAUCCUACGAUUAGUGCAGCUAGGUCUCGUUUCAAACCCGAACCAUCGGCCUCCUCGUCUUCUGGGCUUGGAGGAGUCCAAGACCAACAACAACGGAGACAUGCACAGCAACAACCACAACAACAAAAUCAACCGUAUCAACAACGACAGCAAGUCAAUCAACAGGAGUUCCAAAGGCCUCGUGCCAGUUCUGCAAUGUCUUUACCCGCAGCAAUGCAAUCUCAGGCCCCCAGAUCAAGAAAAAGGAAGAGCCAGCAGAAGAGAACGGUAUGCCAUGUGACCGCAGAGAAUCUGUCAGCGGAUAUGUGGGCAUGGCGUAAAUACGGACAAAAGCCCAUCAAAGGUUCUCCAUAUCCAAGAAACUACUACCGGUGCAGCAGCUCAAAAGGGUGCCCCGCAAGAAAACAAGUAGAGCGAAGCAACAUCGAUCCCAACAUCUUCAUCGUCACGUACACCGGCGACCACAGCCACCCUCGGCCCACCCACCGAAACUCGCUCUCCGGCAGUACACGCAACAAAUGCUCCACAUCCGGCGUUAUGUCCACAGACAAAGACAAUUCCGGGUCACCGAUCACAGCUAAUGCAGCCUCAUGCUCGUCUCCACAGUCGACGACAAACCUCUCUCCCACAACCCAGCUCACAGUUCAAACAGAUGAAGAGGCAGUUAUUACUAACAAGAACAGCAACGAAGAUAAUAAGAUCAUGGUUGAUGCGAACGACAAAGAGAGAAAGGAAAUGGCGGAUGAUGCGGACGACGACGACGACGACGACGAUGAUCAGGAAGAUGAUGAUCAGAUUCUGAUUCCGAACAUGGCCAUGACUGAGGACAUCUUCAUGGGGCUGCAACAGCUUGGAUAUAGUAGUCCUGGUGGAGGCUCCGGGGACAAUUUCUCGGAUGAUGGUAGAGCAAAUUCAGGUUCUUGGCCUCAGUGUGACUCAGCCGCCGCCAUGGAUGGCUGCUCAUGAGACUUGGAAUCUUUUGUUUUUGUUUUUGUUUUUAAUCCUUGUACAGUUUCCUUCUUUUAUCUUUGCCCAACAAUUAGGUAUAACAUAGAAAAAAGAUGGAAAGAACCUCUUUCGCCCACAGGUUUCAGUUUGUUCUUUUAAGAAAAAAGUUAAUUGUUUCGAUUUUGUUUUAUAAAUAUUUUUGUAAAUAC